AUGAAUGGAUGGAGAGUUUUCAAGUACUCAAGAAGAAUGGAGAGGGAAGGCGAUGAAAAGUCAUUCUGUGGACUUGAUUUGGGAAUGGUGUGCCAAGUAAUACUUCAUUCACAGCCGGAUAGCCAGGGAGUCAAAAGGGAGAAAUGGCUUCAUGUGUUCACGGAGGGGAGCAAGACACUGGAACUGCUCUUGCUACCAUCUAUGCUAGAGGUGAGGCUCUAUGUUGUUUCUGCAGCCAGGCAAGAACUGGUGAUAUUAGAAAGGAUAAAUCUCGACAGCAGGUGGGACAUCCGAGCCUGUGUGAAUAAGCGAGUGCUUAGAUGCACAUGUGAAGAAAGAAGAUUUCAGGUUGUCUUCUUCAACGAGGAAGAAAUAGAGGCCUUUGGAGCCAAGGCUUGGCGUUUUCCAGAACCUCAUGUCUUGAAUAUGGAGAAGCCUGUGGCUGAAGGGCUUAUAGAGGUUUCUGAGAGCAGGGAGAAUACAAAAACGGCAUCUAAGCACAAAGAUAAGGAAGAGAUUAUUGAAGAGUUUUUAUCGUUGCUAUUUGGAACUUCAGAAUGA